AUGGAAGAAUUUGUAAAGAUGAUUCAUGAAAAGGCACGGUUGAACAUUGAAAGGAGGACUAAACAAUAUGUCCAUCAAGCCAAUAAGGGACGCAAGAAGGCAUUGUUUGAAGCAGGAGAUUGGGUUUGGUUGCACUUAAGGAAGGAUCGUUUUUGGGAGAAACGGCGUUCAAAACUCCUACCACGGGGUGACGGACCAUUUCAAGUAGUGGCACGCAUCAAUGAUAAUGCCUACAAGCUUGACCUACCAGGUGAGUAUGGUGUUAGUGCAAGUUUUAAUGUUGCUGAUUUGUCUCCUUUUGAUGUAGGUGAUGAUUUGAAGACAAAUCCUUCUCAAGAGGGGGAGAAUGAUGCAAACCAAGGAGCUGGACAUGCUGAUCAUACAUGUGGGAAUGGAGCGAGAUUUACACUAGAUCCUUUGUCACUUCCUAGUGGCCCAAUUACAAGACUUAGAGCCAAGCGUUUCAAGGAAGCACUAAAUGGGCUAAUCCAAGAGAAUUGGGCUGAUUCUAAAAAGACCAAGAUGGACUCAAAUAAUAAUCAAGGCUUAGUUCAUGUCAUCAAAGCAAGUGAAGAGGCUAAUUAA